GAAGGAGGCGGCCUUCCAAAAGGCGGGCAAGGAGGAUAGGGCGGAGAAAAGCAGGAAAGGGGCUUCCCCUUCUUGGAGGGAGGCCCAUGGCGGGGACGAGGGACUUUCCAGAGGGCUCUGCUUGGAGGUCCCAGUCUGCAUAGAUGGCUGUGACAUUGCACACUGAUGUGGGAGAUAUUAAGAUAGAGCUGUUCUGUGAACGGACACCUAAGGCUUGUGAAAAUUUUCUGGCUCUCUCUGCUAGUAACUACUACAAUGGUUGUAUAUUUCAUCGGAAUAUCAAAGGAUUUAUGGUGCAGACAGGAGAUCCAACUGGAUCUGGGAAAGGAGGAAAUAGCAUUUGGGGCAGAAAAUUUGAAGAUGAAUACAGUGAAUACUUAAAGCAUAGUGUUCGUGGAGUUGUCUCUAUGGCAAAUAAUGGCCCAAAUACAAAUGGAUCUCAAUUCUUCAUCACCUAUGGCAAACAGCCACAUCUGGACAUGAAGUAUACUGUGUUUGGCAAAGUCAUUGAUGGUUUGGAUACUCUAGAUGAGUUGGAGAAACUGCCAGUAAAUGAAAAGACCUUCCGCCCCCUUAAUGAUGUCCACGUUAAAGAUGUUACAAUUCAUGCCAACCCCUUUGCUCAAUGACUGCAGUGUUCCUGCAUUAGGUUUUUGAAAGGUUGUGAGUGGCCCUGUGAAAACAGAUAGAUUCCUACAUUUUCUCUUGGAACUAAAGACUUUACAAGAUUUUUCUAAUUGCCACAGAACAGAAAAACCAAUUUUGAUGUGUUAAAUUUUUAUGGUUAAUAAAGCUGUAAAAAAAAAAGCAUAAGGUAAAAAUAAAUUUAAUUUUUUU